GUUUGAGCGCUCCGCCAUUCCCCCGUCGCUGCUCCUCUUGCAUUCCUCGAUCCACAAAAGGGCAAACAGCAUAACAGAUCAGAACUUUUUUGGCACAUUUUCUCUGUUCUUGGUCCACGAACAGGAAGGCAACAAGGUGAGGAUCGGAGGCCACACUGGCGAUGCACGCCGCCCUCUUCUUGCUCUCCUUGACCAGCGCCUCCGCGUCCGUCCUCGCCGCCCUUGCGUCUUUCUGAGCUCCGGUCCACCGGCGACGAUAGACCAAUGGCGCCGCCCCAGGAGGGGGAGCAGUGCGGGCGGCCGGCCAGCAGCGUGUUGAUCUGGGUGGUGACGGUGCUGCUGCUCCUCGCCGUGCUCGGCGGCGGCGGGUGCCUCGUGGCCUACGUCCUGCUGCCGCCGAGCGAGGCGCCCGGAUGGAUCCCCUGCGUCGGCCUGGGCCUCGUGGCGCUCCCCUGGGCGUUCUGGCUCGCCACCGUCGCCUACCGGUGCAUCACGGCGCGCUCGGCCGACCGCGCCGUGGCGCCCGCGGCCGCCGGCAGCUAAUUUCAUUACUUAAGAGUAGGUAA